GAAGAGGCGACCCAAGUACCGCGGCCCUCCCGCCUUACGCAAUUUCCGCUUCCUCCUGGGUAGGGCGGGUAAUCCGAACGUUUUUGCUUCAGAAAGGCCCUCGGGUUGGCGCGAGCCCGGGAGGCGGCGGCGGCGGCGGCGGCGGCAAUCCAAACGAAGGCUAGACAUGUCGGAGAGGCGAACGCGGUCUGGAGGGGCCUCUCAGCGCUCUGGACCAAACACCCCAUCUUAUCAGUCUCUGCGGAGGUCCCAGCGGAAAUCAGGCUCCGAUCUCCCCAGCACCCUCCCUAACAUCUGGCCGAAGGCACCCCCGGUGGCUCCAGUCAAAAAGCCCAUCGUCUUGAAGAAGAUCGUGGCCCAUAGUGUAAAGGUCCCAUCCAUCCGCUCGCCUCGAAGGAGCCCUAGGAUUGCUUAUUUCUUGGAGAAAGAAAACCAUCCUCCUAACAAGGAGCCUACCAGGGAGGACCUCUUCAAGACAUACAGUGUCCCCCUGACCCCCACCACCACUCCUGUGCUGUACAGCCCAAAUGUGGGGUCCAACUGUGGGGAAGAGCUGGACACCAGAGCCCUGGAAAUGUCUAAAAAAGUCAGGCGCUCCUACAGCCGGCUGGAGAACCUGGCCUGUGCUUCCACCUCCACCCCAGGCCGCCAGUCCUGCUUUGGCUUCCAGGGGCUGCUGACGGCAGAAGACCUGGCCGGAGUCUCGCCUUUGGGGUGUUCAAAGUUCACUGAGGUCCCCAGCGUCCCUGCGAUCCCCUGGGUCCCGGACACGACCCUCCCUGGAAUCUCCCCACCAGUUAUGAAAGAGAAACGAAAGAAGAAGAAGGUGCCGGAGAUCCUGAAAUCGGAGCUGGAUGAGUGGGCCGCGGCCAUGAAUGCUGAGUUUGAAGCUGCUGAGCAGUUUGAUCUCCUGGUUGAAUGAUAUGAAAUGGGUGUACCUGGCCAGACCGCCCCCUCUUCUCCCUGUACAUAUCCCCUUCUUCCUGAGGAAAGGACACUUGGGGUCCUCCUUCCUGGCCUUGUUACCUGUGCAUGUGCGUUGUGGCACGUGAGGUCUGUCCUAUGAGAGUGAAGCAAGGUGGGGACUGAGUUCAAGUUGGGCCAAUGGCAGCAGCCGUUCCGGCUUCAGGGAAUGGGGUCCCCGGCCCAGCUACACGCCGCUCUGCUAUUUCUCAGUGACACACCCCUCGCCCCCCGUCUUCUUCCCGACCUGCCAGAGUGGCCUGGCCAGAGGAGGUUACAGGGCUGGGGACUGGGUGGGAGCAUCUCGCUCUGGGGGCGAAAAUGGGACGGCUCUGACCAGCCGCGACAGAAACAGGUGCCACGGGCCACGCAGCCUCAAGCCUUCUCUCCCAGGUUGCCUUCUGCUGGUGGCUUGAUCCAAUCUAUGUACCAUGGCUUGGGUUUCCUUAUUCUGUAGAUGGUCCAGGAGAGAGUUCGUGGAUUGGGGACAGACUGAGGAAGUAACUGGACACUCAGCCAGUAGAGUCAGGUUUUGAAGGAGGGUGGGAAUCUUGGGUUGGGUGUCAGACCGUAAGUGUUGACUCCUUAGAAGCUGUUUUAUUGGUCUGUGUUCUGCUGUUGAAAUGUUUGGUUAAAUGACAGGCUGGUGGCUGCAUGGGCAAAAGGUGCGUUUUGGGGUACAGUGCCAGAUGCCACAGGCUCCAGCCUCCACAGAACCUGAGGCUCAGAGCAUCUGGACUGGACACCACAAGGCCAGGAAGGGGCCCAUGGCAGGAGGCACCCCCUCUUGUCAUCCACACUUGUUUUCCUACAAAAUAAAGCAGAGUCAACUCAGCUCUAGAACAAACUUACAGGUUGAACAGUCCUUUCCCACUAGCGUUUUGCAGCUACACUUGUGAAGUUCUAGGAAGCUUUUCUCAGGGGCCAGAAAGGGGCAGGGGGCGAUAGCAGUUUUCACCUGUGGCUCCCCUAGUGUUCUCUCACGUGAGGGCACUGCCGGGGGCGGAUGCUAGGAGUUGAGCUGGGGGAGGGCGUUGUUUCACUGUCUCCCGGGAACCCCACUCCCCACCCCGUUUCUCUUCUCAAUGCUGGUAAAAGGUGUGCUUUCAAAGGUUGCCCAGCCACAACGUCCACCACAUCCCAGAACCUCGACGUGUGCAGGUUUGUGGACGUAGAGGCUAAGGUGUGGGGGCUGGUGGGGGACAGGACGGCAGGGAAGGUGAGUGCUUGCUUGGUCAGGGUACUGGAAACAGCGCAGCGUGGUGGGCGCUAAUUAAACUUUUCGCAAGGCCUGCGAGUUCCAACUUACCUGCUCAGCGCUUCUCGCUUUGUCAGACCUUGCAAACAAGCCCUUUGCCAGGGUGGGCCAGGUGGGCUUGAGCUAGACCACGCCCAAAGGAUUUCUGCCCUCACUGGCUGGCACAGAACUGGGAAGUGUGUCAGUCUGGCAGAAGAGUCAGGAGCAGCCUGGUGAUGAUGAGCUGAUGGCAUCGCUGCAAACCUCUCUCUGUCCCUGAAAAACUAAGAAUGUGGGGUUUAAGGGAAAAUUGGGGUUUCUUUUUUAAAUUAAAAAACCCACCUGAUUGAAGGAAGAGUUUUUGUCUGUUCAUACACGGUUUCUUUUACUGGGUCAAAGGCAGAGCUGAGGGUAAGCGGCCCAGAAAGCCAAGCCUUCUUUGGGCUGUGUCACAGGGUCGUCCCUUUGUACAGGGGGCUGUCAGCCAGGCCUCCAGUAGCCCUGUGGUAGAUCACUGCCCCCGCUCCCCAGGACUUUCUGUAGAGUCGCUCACACCUGCUCCUCCAAAGGCAGGGCUGCCUGGAAUGUUCGAAAGUUGCUCUCUGCUUCCAUCUUAUUUACUUGUCCUCGCUCUAUUUACUGCUCAGCCACAACUAACUAGUGACUCCGUAAUGCCCAACGCUAGAGACUCAGGCCUCUGCAGCGUGGGCCAAAAGCACCCUUUUCGGGGUCAUGACAGUGCUGCCCCUCUUUCUUGCCCCUGAAAUGUCAGGACACACGGGUUCAGUCUUGGACCCGCUUUCCAAUCUGAUUCCUCCCCCUGGACAACCCCAGGCUCUCUGGGCCACCUUACGGCCAGUCUUUCCCCUAAAUCUCAAACAAGAAUCUAGAACUGUCUUCUAGAACUGUUUCUCCACUCAGAAGUCAUCUUGAACUCAGCUCAACCUCCAUCUCGCCUCUUUCUAUGCACUCUACACUGUUGACAUCACGAGCUGACUCGCCUACAAGCCAGGACCCUGGGGUCAUCUGCAGCUCCACCCUCUCCUGCACCCCAUCCCGUCAGCCCCAACCAAAACCCCCAAUCCCGCGGCCAUGGGCCAGCUCCCCUGGCCUUCUGGUGGGUCUCCUUCCCUUUAAUCUCUCAUCUCCAAACGGUUCCCACUGCGACCAGAAUGAGUUUCCUGAGAAAAUGUGCUGUUUCUCCUCUGCUUAAAGCCCUUCAACACAAUUGCAUUUCUGCGUGUAAUACAAGAAUUGAAAGCAGAGGCUGGAAGAAGUAUUUGUACUCACAUUCAGCAGCGUGAUUCACCAUGGCCCACAGGUGGAAGCAACAUCAGUGUUCAUCGAUGGAUGACUGGACGAACAAAAUGCAGUGUAUACGCACAAUUGAAUAUUACUCUGCCUGCAAAAGGAGUGAAAUUCUGACACAUGCUACAACAUGGGCGAACCUUGAAAACGAUGCCAAGUGUAGUGAGCCAGCAAUAAAAGGACAAAUAUACGACUUAGGUACCUAAAAUAGUCAAACUCAGAACUAGGAAGUCAAAUGAUGGUGAUUGCCAGGGGCUGGGGAAAGGGAAUGGAGAGUUAUGUUUAAUGAGAAUUUCAAUUAGGGAGGAUGAAAAGGUGCUGGAGAUGG